AAAAUGCCCAAUCCUCCGAAGAGCUAUCUGCUCCGUCUGGUCAUCCUUUUGGCCACCAUCAACCUGGCCAGGAUGGCACCGCGACAGGUCAUCCCACUCGACUUGAAGGAGCUGCUUGGGGGCUUCAAUUUCCCGGAACCGCAGGAGAAGAACCAAGAGAUUCCCGAGCCGCGUGGCCUCUAUGUGAACCUGGAUGUGGGUCAGGAUGGCCAGCAGGAUGAGCUGCAGCAGGUGCUCCUGGUGACCAGUGGCCUGAGUCCCACGCAGAUUGUCCAGCGGCAGGCCGAUGAUCAAAAUCUCCGGAACCAGGGCAGACACUUUUUUAAGAACGGCGCCACGGUGUUUGUGUUUUCCGGAAUGAACUCCGGUGGAAUCACCAACAAUAAUACCAAUAACAUUAAUACCAAUGCCACGGCCACUCCGGCAGCCGCGUCGACGACGGCCACUCGAAACACGGAAUUCAUCCGGGCUCCAAUUGGCUAUCCGGCCGGACUGCCGAUGCAAUAUUUCCGGAAGCGACAGGAUGACGCCCUAUCGCCGGCAGUAUCCUAUCCGGAUCUCUUUGGCUGGAACGAGGCGGCCUUCUACGGCGGCGACUUGGGCGGUGGCUAUGCCGGAUUGGGUGGCCUCAAUGGCGGCUACAGUCCGCUGGCGGGAGUGCCCCUGGUGCCCAUCACCAUUGGCAACGAGGUGCGGUAUAUUCCGAUGAAUCUCCGCAUGUACCGGCAGCUGGCCAGGAGUCCAGCUCCUCCUCCGCCGGCCAUCAGGGAGCAGGACGAUCAGCUGGAGGAGGACGACAUGUCCGCCUUUGGCCUGGCUCCCCAACUGGAUGUGAUGGAGCUGGAGGAUGUGGAGCAGGCCGACGAGGCGGCUCAGGGUCAGGGUCAGGGUCACUCGGUGGCCGGUUCACCCGGCUAUGGGAUCUUGGGCCAGCGGCUGAGACCACGUCCUUUGGUCAGGAGGCGACCUCUGCAGUCCCUGGCCCAAAACAUUCGUCGGGUGCAGUACCUCAAGAGGUAA